AUGCGGCGGCGGGGGAGGGCUCUGGGGACAAUUGCCGUCUGCAGGGACGGCACACUGCUCCGUGCACGGCUGUGACACCCAGGAGUGCCCAGAGACCCCAUGCGGGGUGGCUUCAGCUCUGGAGCAUUGCCAGGCACACUGCCCUCCUCUCCUGAGCAUCCUCAUUUCGUUCCUGUCUUCUUCUUCAGGCAGAUGCAGGAGGCACUGACCCCUGGGCACCUGAAGAAGGCCAAGCUGAUGUUCUUCUUCACUCGCUACCCCAGCUCCACUCUGCUGAAGACCUACUUCCUUGAUGUGCAGUUCAGCCGCUGCAUCACCUCCCAGCUCAUCAAGUGGUUCAGCAACUUCCGUGAGUUUUACUACAUCCAGGUGGAGAAGUUUGCCCGGCAGGCCCUGCUGGAAGGUGUUGUGGAUGCUUGCACUCUCCAGGUCUCCCGAGACUCAGAGCUCUUCCGUGCCCUCAACAUGCACUAUAACAAGGGGAAUGACUUUGAGGUGCCAGGGCGGUUCCUCGAGGUGGCCAGCCUGACACUGCAGGAGUUCUUCAGCGCCGUCAGGGCAGGCAAGGAUGCCGACCCCUCCUGGAAGAAACCUAUUUACAAAAUCAUUUCCAAACUGGACAGUGACAUCCCAGAAGGGUUCAAAGCUGCUGGCUGCUCCCAGGAACUGCUCCACAGCUGAGUCUCUGUGAAAGCAGCCCUGGGUCGUGUGUGCAGCCACCAUGUGCGAAGCACCUCACAGACACUCUGUACAGCACCUGUUAUUUGGGGUACUCUUUGAAGGCCAUGCACUCUCUGUAAGACAGAUCCUUAGGUGAGGCCUAUCACUUGCUUCAUGUGCUGGGAUUUUAUGCUGUGUAUUUUAUUCUGCUGCUCAGAAAUGGUGAGGACUGCCAGAAGGGAGGGGCAGAGAUGAAGCCAUGAGGUUGGAGCCUGAGAAGUUGUCUUGCUGAGCUGCCUUCAUUCUCCCUUCCAGAGGGUCACAAACUGGGGCAAACAGCCUUGCUCUUUAUAAAACAGGAAGAGGUCCUAGUAGUGGGCAAAGUUUCCUUGGCACAGCAGACUAGCGGAUGUACUGAGUCCAAAAGCAUGACUCAGUUUAUGUCCAGAUACAACACACCAGUGUCCAAAGAAAACAGCUGGUGAAUUCCAGCAUUUCAAGCACUCCAUGGGGACAGUUGUUCUGUCUGGGAUAUGUAAAAACUAUGUUUGUCAUAGCCAGCAAGAAUAACACUCUCCUCCACCUUCCCUGUGCUGUUAGACAAGACUGCCCCUAUGCAGCUGUGUGCUCCCAGCAGUGUGCUCUGGGAUGCUGGAGGAGAGCAGGGUACACAGCCAGCACUGCUGGGCACUCCAAAGACCCUCCAUCAGCCCAUCACCUGGCGUUUAACAUCCAGGUUAAACACUCCCCCUGUUCCCUCACACUGUGUUCCUGCCAGCAAAACUGCGCCAAACAUCUCUACUCUGCACCCUGCCCUUGGUGAAAGAAUAGAAUGUUGUUUGGGAUACAGGUCCCUGUGGGUUUAACACAAGGUGGGAAAGAGCCAGGCCUUGACAUCUACAACCCCAUUGCUGUAAGGGCUGUAAACUCAAGGAGUUUUCUUUACCCUGUGGCCAAGACUUAGUGACCACUUUUCUACCUGAUGGAGCAUGGUGAAGCUUUUUGUGUUAAGGGCUCUAUAUCCUGACAGAGGUGGCAGUGGAGAGGAAAAGGCUGUGAAGAGGAGAGAGUCCUGACAGAGGCAUGGCACGAGGACACUGGGAGGGCAGUGAUGAGCAACAACACACCUGCGCAAAACCCUCAGGGAGAAGAAGACUGGGAAAAGGGCAAAUUUUGGGUGUGCUGUAAGGUGUCAGCUGGUACUAGAGAGCAGCAAGUGACUCAAGAGAAUCACAGCUCCAGCUUUAGACGAGUGCAUGGGGUGAUCCACAGGCAAUGCAUCUACAGGAGUAAAGAGGUGGUAACAUCAGGACACAAUGGGGAGCCCUGAAAUAGGGGCAGUGUGACAGUGGUUCCCCCAUCACAAGUGUGGCUACCCAGAUUUCCUGCUUCUUUUUGUAUGUUUAUUUCUCCAAGUUUAUAUAUUUUA